AUGUCGCUGGAUGUGUAUCGGCUGUCUCCAGCUCGCUAUGAAUUUCUGCGUGACAUCGGACGAGAAGUUUUUCGAAGUCAGAGCAGCGGUAGUGGCACAUUGGUUGAUGCGGUGGCGAGUGUGGACAUUGCGGGGUACAUUGGUCGGCGGGGGAAGCUGUUUCGAACGCAGGAUGCUUGCGAGACCUUCUUACAUAAGAAUCUGAAAGACUUUACCGAUUUGGCACAAUUUACGCGUGUGAUGACGCCUGAAUUUGUGGGAGCUUUGCAUGAACUUGAAGCACAAAGGGUGGAGAGACCGAAGGUGUUCGCCAUAGGGGCGCUGCUGGAGCAUGGUUUGUCUAUCCGCUUGAUCACAGAGGGAAAGGACGCUGAGCUGGAAGAAGUCGCGCGAAGAUUGGAGGAGCUGCUUUCGGAUUGGGAGAAGGGGGUUCGAGGGAAGACAUCCGGCACAGCAUUUGCAGCUUGGCAGAAGACAUUGUCAGCCGCCCGGCACUUCGUGAAGCUUUUUCAGGGAGUGGUGGAAAGGAGGCAGGACAAGCGUGCGCGCCUUGAAGAUUUUCCGUCUCAGGUGGGUUUGUGGCACAAGCCUGUGAAUUUUGUGGAGCUAGGCCGCGGCCUGCGGGUGUUGUUCGGGGAGGAUGACGUGCGCUCGAUUGUGGUGUGCCUUGCCCAGAUGUAUCUGUUGAUUCGCAAAUUGCUUGAGUUGCAUCGAGCUUCCGAGCUGUCUGCGCAAGACUUUUCUUAUUCAUUUUGCAAUGUGUUGGGGUUUGGCUCAUGGAGCAAGGUGAUGAUGUGGAGCUGUCGAGCCAAUCCAAGAGUUCAGUACAGGAUUGGGCAAUCUUUCUUGCAGGAUGAGGUGACCUUUUUGAAUUCUUGUAGGCUACUUCGAUUGCACUGUGUUGAUUCAGUGAAUGAUCCGGUCCAGGUACAGACGCGGAAGAACAUUAUGAGCUGUUCAACAGAUUGUAGUGCAAUGGAUCGCUCCCGGACCAUUCUUCGUGCAGUGAUGGUUGUGCAUGCAACGCGUCACUACGAGUUCUCUUCAUGUAUCCGAAAUCAAACCUUGCUGUCGCCAGACCAGGUCCUGGCUUGCUUUUCUCGUGGUCAUGUUGAUGAGGGCCUGGUGCGACGGUCAACGUCCGAGGGUCGGUUCAUGUGUGGCCCUGCUUCGCAAGUCCUCGAGCUUUUGGGACGCUCGAAUGUGAUGGAUACUUUCACGGGCGGAGUUUACCACAGAGAUUUUGAGCAAGCAGUGCUCCAUUUCAAUGCUUUGAGUGGUGCUGCGGGCAUUGACGACGUGGCGAUUUUGGACCAGGUUUGGGACUUGAUCAAAGGUUUCAAAGGAUUUGGAGGUGCUGGCAAUUGCGAGGGUGGCAACGUGAAAGGGUUCGUGGCGAAGAAUAUUGUGUACCAAGGCUUGCGGAACAUCUUGCAUGAGUGUGGCCAGAAGCGUGCUCAGUCGGAGAGGUUUGUUUCUGGCCCGAACCCUUGCAAGCUGGUGACGGUAGCUUUGCAGAAGCGUUCUUGCUCUCGAAGUGAACACAAACAGUUUUACAAAGAUGUUCUUGUUGGUUUGCGUGGUGUGCGUGUGCAGUAUGGCACAGGGGAGCUGUGUGAUUUUUGCGGCGUUGAUGUUAUGGAGAAGCUUCGAGCUCGAGUUCAGCUUCUGAUUGAUGUACCCGACCUGUCGGGUGUGAUCAAGAUGUAUUGGGUUAUUGUCUCGGAAGAGAUGGUGUUCGGUGGAAGCAGCAGCUUCGAUCUCAAAGGCAAGUUCAUGACCUGGUCUUUGCUGGUUGGUGCUCGGCUCAUUUGGUCGGCUAUCCCCUUCAGCGCGCCGGCCUCUAACUACUUGGCCACACCCUUGAGGUUGACAAACACACCCACUGCGGGGAGACCUAUGCUGCUGGGGAGUCAGAAGUGUGGGAGCCGUGUUAGCGAUGUGUCCUUCUCCUUUGCGGCGGGCGUGGCCAUUGGCUGCAAGCCGUCUGAGAUGAUCAUCGACAACUCCAGGCAGUCUCUGCAGCUCACAGACUGCAGUCUCAUUCCAGGUCAGAGCUACAACGUGAUCGUCUACAUCGAAGAAGUCGUUGGAGAUGUGGUGGUUCACUCAGACCAUGGGAGAGUUUGGUCUUCCGUGGAGAUCACCGUGCCAUUGACUGCAGCAGUGGAGGAUCCAUUGGCCAGAAGCUACUCCGAUUUGACCGUGCAGCCUGGGCAAGACUACGUCUACCAUGUGAGGGCGGUGAACUUCAUUGGUGUUGGGCAACCAUCUCCAGCAUCAAUUUCCAUCCGAGCAGGAAAUGUGCCAGCGGCACCUGCCUUGCCGAUCAUCGCUUCCCGCGCACUGACGUCCCUCACGGUGGAGUGUCGUCGUACCCUUUGA